AUGGAGUUCAAUUCAUAUGCAUCGUCAUUUCCAUGUUUCAAUAACGGUAACGCCUCGGCAUCGGGUUCACAUCGACAACCGUCAGGCCCGUCGAGUAGCUUAGGCGGUGAAACUGAUGGUGCUGUUGGAGGGUUCGACAUCAUCGCAUGGUAUCCCAAACAUCAGAGCUGCCAACGUUACUUUGUUGAGGUCGCUCAGCACAGUUAUCCUUGCCAGGCGUUGGCCGCGUUCAUAAAUAUCAAAUUGCCGUUCCAGCGCGCCGCAGGAUCUUCCAACCCGCCCACUGGAUCAACACCUGUUCGCCCCCCGCUGUCGUUUGGGCCUCUUGGGGGCUUCCACCCUCCCCCUCCUCCCCUUGCUCAAACACAAAUUCACCACCCCACAAUGCCUUCAUACGACUGGGUAUCGUUAUAUCCUUAUAUUCGUCGAUUAGUUGCUACAGGGUUUGAUGCACCGGCGAUCCUUCGCAGUUGGUUUGGAGAUGACUGGGAGUGUGGCAUUGGGCCACAGCACGAACAAGAGAGGAGGAACUUUCUCUUUGCAGCAAAGAGUGGGGGGUGGGCGACGGCUAAGCGGGACUAUGAUAUGAUUGCAGAUGAAUGUAUUCCAUAUCUGCAGCCAUUGAGGAAGAUUUCUGAGGAAGAGCUUGAGGGAGCGGAGGACGUAUGGUCUGGAUGGCUCGCGAUGGAGGACUGGAUGUUGGGAAAGAGAGCGCCCCGGGCAGGUAGCCGUGGAAGUGAGUUAUGA